AUGCCAGCCGAUCCAACCACAGACCUCCUCCUCAUAACCUGCGCCUCCGGCAAACAAGCCACUGCUCUCCUUCCCCUCCUCUCCCACUGGAAGUGCCUCCGCCUCGCCGUCCACAGCGCUUCUUCCAAAUCCCGGCUCGAGCAACAAUACCCACAUGCCGAAGUCAUCGCCGCUGACCUCUAUUCCCCCACCACGACCCUUUCCCUUCUCAAAGACGUAACAGCAUGCAUCCACAUCGGCCCCUCCUACCAUCCGCACGAGCGCUCAAUCGGACACAUGAUGAUCGACGCCGCUCUGCUAUCUCCAACAUUGAAGCAUUUCAUCCUGAGUAGCGUGCUGCACACGCAGCUCGACAAAAUGCUGAACCACUCCUGCAAACGUGGCGUGGAAGAGCGGCUUAUCGAGUCCGGGCUCCCGUACACGAUUCUGCAGCCUACAACCUUCAUGGACAAUAUACCUAUUGGCAUGUUGGCAGGGCAGGAGCAACCCGUCUUCCCCGCGGCCUGGAGCACAGACAGUAAAUUCUCAUGGAUCGCUACGAGAGACCUAGCAGCCGCGAUGCACGCCGUGCUUGUGGAGCGGGAAAAGCACUUGUACGCGCAGUAUCCGCUGGUCAGUACACACGGGCCGCUAUCCUUCGGCGAGGCUAUGCACAUCAUUUCGAGCAAGAUCAGCAAGGACGUCAAGAUAGAGCACCUCGAUUUUCGGAAAGCGGUCGACUCGGUGCUGAUGAGGUUGUAUGGGAUGGCGGAGGGGAUUGAUCAGAGGACGAAAGAUACAGCGCAGAGGAUGAUACUGUAUUAUGACAAUAGGGGCAUCGUGGGAAAUAGCAAUGUACUUGAAUGGCUGAUUGGUAGGGGCGCGACGCAGUUUGAUGACUGGGUCGAUGUUAAGCUUGGGGAGCUGAAGUGA